AUGGUGGUGAAGUCACAGAAGGCUUAUCUUGAAGAAUGCCCUGACUACACCGCCCCAGGACGCCAUGAUGCAUUCUGCAGGCCUUCCAGAAGGAAUGCAGCGUGGGGCAGGGCUGACAGGCCAGAGCACAGGCGAAGCACAGGCGAAGCACAGGGGUGGCGCGCAGGCGAUCCUCCUCGGCCCAACUCUAGCAGUAUUCGACCGCCGCCAACGGGCACUGACCGUUCGGAAUGCACUGGGCGACGCACAGCGCUUCACGCUUCACGGGUUUCAAGCAGGUGGAUGCAGCGACGUGGAGCGCUUCGAGGCUCUGAAGGACAGGAGACUCAGCUGCGGAAUGUCUCAAUGGUGCCUGGCGGCCAUGCGUGCCUCUCUGUGUGCCGUGACACGGUAACAUGCAGUGCUGAUCCGUCGCUGUCGCGUGCCCGGGGACGUUCGGCCGACCCUGACCCUGCACGUCUGAUGCUCCCCUUACCAGCUGUCCAAUCCCGCCGCAGCAAUAACGUAAAGGAUUCCAUCCCGACGCGCAGCCGAGCAACGUCACAGACGUCUAGCCGUGCUGGGACUCGGAGCAUUCAUUCUCCGCCACCGCGCACCCGACCAGCUGAGAAGAUGGGCACACGAACCCAGAGGAAUCCGCUCGCACCGCGCACCACCAAUCCCGCAUGCACACCAGUCACGCCCGCUGAGCCUACUGACACCAUGCUCAAGCACUCCAGUCCCGUCGUCAUACCUCCUCGAACGGCUACACGAGCGUCUUCGACACAGACAGUCCGUGUAAAAGGACAAAACGGUGGCAGGCCAGCUCGCUCCACCAAGAGCCACAAUCCAGAUGCUCUCCCACCAGCAGUCGCCGCCCUGCUGGCUAUCACAGCAAUCCCCAGGCAGCCUCCACGGCGUCGCAAGCGCCCUACGUCAGACAGGAAGAUAUCCAUGGACGAAUUGAUCCAUGAGUGGAAGCAAGAUGACCUGGAGAUUCCGCACUCUUUGUCUGGAUCCCCCAUGGAUCUGCUACUGGGCCGCAUCGAUGAGUCUGAGUCCGACUAUGGCGGCAGCCUGCCGAGCUUGGAGCAAGAGAAGGGACAAUUUGGGGCCUCAAGAUCCAUAUCCAGCGACUCACUCUCAACACUGCCACCUUCACUUGACUACGAUGCUCCCUCUUACUCCUCGCACUGGGACAAUCUUAGCACGCCAGACUCACUGAGCCGCAAGUCUCUCUCAGAGCGCAGGGAGAAGGUCUACUCGUCACCACCGAAGGAGGACUGCGUCUUGGACCACCCAUUGCUCUGCUUCAACGUAGAAGACUCAGAGGAGCCCACAGAAGCGAACAUCCCAGAUGUCGUUACCAUCUCGCCAUCGAAUGAGAGGUUCAAGUCAUUCAAGUCUAACCUCACGGCGUCACUGCAAGCACUAAAAGAAGCGGCCAAGUCAUUCUCGAACUUCACGGCACCAAGCGUACCGCCGGAGGACCUUCUUACUCGAUCGAUUCUGUCACCCAAGUUUACCAGCGAGAUGCGACCGAAACACUCGGAGGGGCUCCCAUCACCAGCGCUCCGCCGCUACCUCAACCCUCAACCUGCUCCCAUCUCUCCCACGGAGCUGUCCAUGCAACUUCACGAUGCGCUCAUGAUCGACGCCGAUGCCGACACCCAUGCGCCGAUGAUCCAGAUGCAGACAUACGACCGACGUGGCCGGUCAUCAAGGAACCGACGCAAAAACGCGGACCCGUUUUCCGAAGCGGGACGCUUGCAAUCACCAACACCGACCGUCCGCCAGCGCGAACCCCGCGAGAACAGUGACUUCUUGCGCGUUAUCGUUCUCGAGAUGAACAUGCGCCGGGUCGGCAAGCUCGACGCGAAGGCCGUCGGCAAGGCGCGCAUUUGGCUCCCGCCAAGGAAGUUGGGCUCUAGCAAAUCACCUGCCUUUCAGAGCGCAAGCGGUGUGCCGGAUAGAUGGGUUGGCACGGCGGCAUGA